AUGGCUUCUCAUCUAAAAGGUGUUGCAAAAUCAACUAUGUCAGAUCAAAUACGUAAGGAGUUGUGCGAGUACAAGAGAGAUAAUCCUGCAAGCACACAAAAAGACUUGCAGAGAUGGCUUGAGGGAAAAUUUCAGUUGAAAGUUAGUCAAGGAACAAUAUCAAACACACUUAAGCGGUCAAAUGACUAUCUCUCUGCUGAAAUAGAAAAGGGAAGAGCGGAGAUCAAAAGACACAAACCAGCAAAAUAUCCUGACAUGGAGAAGGUUGUUUAUGAGUGGUUUCUACAGCAUCAAGAACGAUGGCUUGGGAAAUUCAAGCACCGACAUGGCAUAAAGUCAUUUCGUCGUUUUGGCGAGAGUGGGUCUGUUGAUGUACAAGACAUGGAGCAGAAAUUGGUAUCGAUUCGAGAGAAAAUUGAUCAAUUCUCUAUGAAAGAUGUUCGUUCAUUUGACCAAAUGAUGCAUGGUAGAAGAGUUCUACUUGUGGUGGAUAAUUGUCCAGCACAUCCAAGAAAUAUUGAAGGGCUAAGAAACGUUGAGUUGUUCUUCUUGCCACCCAACAUGACAUCAAAGAUUCAACCUUGCGAUGCUGGGAUAAUAAGAGCUUUCAAGAUGCAUUACCGUAGAAGGUUUUACCGCAAAAUAUUGGAAGGUUAUGAGGUGGGACAAUCUGAUCCAGGGAAGAUAAAUGUCCUUGAUGCUAUCAAUUUGGCAAUCCCAGCUUGGACGAUAGAUAUUCGAAAAGAAACAAUAGCGAAUUGCUUCCGACACUGUAAAAUUCGUUCAGCUAGUGACGUUGUAGGAAAUUUGGAUGAAUCCACUUUUGAUGAAGAAACUCAAGACCUCCAGACUAUGAUCAAUCAAUGUGGCUAUCGUAAUAAGAUGGAUAUCGACAAUCUAAUGAACUACCCAGGUGAAAAUGAAGCAUGUUCGGAGAUUCAGAGUUUAGAAGAUAUUGUGCGUACUAUCAUUGAGAACAAUGCAGAGGAUGACGACGAAGAUGAUACGGUGUCUUUGGAGCCUGUUACGCGAAAGGAAGCACUUAUGGCGUCGAACACUCUUCACAACUUUAUAAUACAAUACAAAAAUACAACACCUCAGCUAUUGGAUGCAAUAAGAAAAUUGAACUAG